AUGCAGCUCGUCGAGCUGCCCGCCUCCAUCUGCCUCCUCUCCGCGCUUACCAGCCUGACCCUCUUUCAGUGUUACAAGAUCUCCAAACUGCCCGAUAACUUUCACCAGCUCGCAAAUCUGCGCACCCUGCAUCUAGAAGAACUCAUUGCGCUCACUGCCCUUCCGGAAUCUUUAGGUCAGCUGCCCGCGCUGCGUGACCUGGAAAUCCUAGACAACGGUCGCAUCACGUACCUCCCGCCGUCUCUCUCUGCCAACCGCACGCUGGAGCGCCUUGCGCUCCACAACUGCCCAGCGCUCGCAUCCCUGCCGAACGCCAUGGGCCACAUCCCCACCCUAGAUCGCAUCGAUCUCAGCUUUCUCAACGCCCUCGCGGCGCUUCCGGACUCCCUGGGUCGCGCGUCUCGCCUCCGGGAGCUUCGAAUCGUCGCCUGCAGCCGCCUCGUGGGGCUCCCGCGCUCCGUCGCCGCCAUGUGCUCCCUCGCGCGCCUCACUCUCGACGGCUGCGCUGCGCGGGCGCUGCCCGAGGAUUUCGGGCAGCUCUCGAAUCUGGUGCGGCUGGAGCUGUCCUGCGAGCGACUGACGGCCCUGCCCAGGUCGUUCGGGCAGCUGGGGAAGCUGCAGGAGCUGAGGCUCCAUGCUUGCUACGGGCUUCUCGAGCUGCCCGCGUUUUUCGCGAAUCUUUCCUCGCUCGAAACCCUAGCCAUCUACGGGGGAACGUCGCUCAUCUUUCUGCUGCCCAACUUCGAGCAACUCCCGCAGCUUCGGCACCUGGAGCUGUUCAACUGCGCCAUUCCGAACCUGCCGGAGAAGUUCGGGCAGCUGCCGAAGCUGGAGGUUCUCAAGGUGGGGAGCAGGGAGAGCUACACGAGAAACGACGCGGAGCCAGGGCAGCCCGUGUGGCCUCCUCCCAUGGUGCUCACAGUAACGUCGCGGGGGGAACCGGCGUCAAUGUUCAUGCUGAUGGGCGACCCGCUCCUCCUGGACCAGCUAGACGAAACGCUGCUGGGCCGCUGCCUGCUGCGCAGCCUCCCCCCGUCCUUGUCGUGCCUCACGUGCCUGCAGCAGCUGGUCAUCGACGGGUGUGGCGAGCUGGAGAGCCUGCCAGAGGGACUGGGCCGCCUGGCUGGGCUGCAAGUGCUGCGCGUAAACAACUGCCCCAAGCUGCGCUGCUUCCCCUCCCUUCUGCCUGCCGCGCCUCCCACUACCUCCACCUCCGCAGCUGGGGAAAGUUCGCCCUUUGCUGCUGGCCCUGCUGCCACUGCCACUGCUGCUGCUGCUGUGCCGGCUCCUCAUUCUCCAACGCAUCCCGCAGCGGGCCUUGCAUCUUGCUCUGCUCCCCUCCCCAAGCUUCACAGCCUGGAAAUCUCCAACUGCCCGAGCCUACUAGGCCUUCCACACGGCCACGAUACCUUGCCGAGGCUGGAGCGAGUCACCCUAUCUAACUGCAGCAAGCUGGGCUUUGCGAAUCGCUUCACUGCGCGCCCCUCCUCAACCUUACAUGCUGCACCCAUCGCCCUCCCCUCCUCCGUCACCACCGUCUCACUGCUUGGCGUCUUCUCAGAAGCAUGCUACCUGAAAGACUCCUUUCUCACCCUCUCGCACCUCACCCAUCUCAACCUUCACCAACUCCUCUCUCUCCGCGCGCUCUUCGCACCUCACCCGCAUAGCGCUCAGGCUGCAACUAGCAUUGGAGAGCUGGAGCCAGGCACUGAGCCAGGCGGUGAAGCGGCAGGCCAGGUUUACGGUUUCCCGGUCGAUCCUCAACCCGGUCAGCCGGCCAGAUUGGCGCUCCUCUCGUCUCUGCAGCACCUGGCUAUUGCAAACUCGCGCCUGCCGCUGCUGCCUAGCAACCUUAGCGACCUCCAAAGCCUCAAGGUGCUCAUUCUGGAAAGCUGCAUUUGCAUGCCCUCCCUCCCCGCCUCUCUACCGCUCCUCCCCAACCUUGAAAAGCUGGUUUCGAGUACUCUUCCCAGGCUGGCGAGCCUGCCUGAGAAUCUCGGGCAGCUGAAAUCCCUGAAUAGCUCACUGUGGAGGCGUUCCCUCUCCCGCCUCCACUCUCUGAAGCUCAACAGUCUCUUCCGCCUGCGCCGCCUGCCAGAGUCUCUCUCCCUCCUCCCCGCCCUUGUGGUCCUCUCACUGGAAGACUGUGAGAAGCUGCGUGCGCUGCCGGAGGGGCUGGCGGAAGUGGGAACGUUGAGAGAGGUGAUGCUGGGAGGGUGCUGUCGGCUCAAGCAUGUGCCUCAAUCGCUGCUGGAUAGACAGCAUGUGAUAGACCUGCAGGGCAUUAACUGA